AUGAAAAAUGAAAGACCAAUUUGCUCUUUGAAUUUUCACGGGAUUUUUCUCAAACUCGGAAAAAGACAGCCACUGAUAAAGACGAAUGGAAUACUCUUCCUGAAAACGCGGGAGAAAGAAGAAUUGAGGCAAAGAGGAAAGCCUUAUCAAGAUGUCAAGGAUUGCGCAAUGACAAGGUCGAAUGUCGUGGCUGAUUGGACGCUUGAUCUUAAAGAUCAUCAGGACUAUUGCGAUCAGGAAAUCGAAUCAAAUUUACACAAAAAACUCCAACUCCAAAACUCGAAAAUCGUUUCAGAAGAUUCGCUCUCGACUUCUGGAAUCUCCGAAAUCUCAUCGAGCUCGAACCAGAAUUCCGACUCAAAUUCCUCGAGCAGCUCUUUUUCAAAAAGCGAUUCUUCGCGCGCCUCGACAAGAUUUCAAAAAGUCGCUGAAAAAGUCAACUUUUCGGAAAAAUUGAAAAAGAUGAAGCAAAAGUUUUCGAAGCAAUCCUCGCCGAAAAAUCCGUUUGAAAUCAAGGAGGACUUUACUCCACCGCCAAGCGCUGCGCCAAAGCCCCAGCUGCCAAUCAAAAAGGAGGAGAAUAAAGAAGGAUUGAAGCUUUCUGUAGGGCAACAGCAAUCCAAAAUUUUGCGACUUCAUUGCGAACAAUGCGUUUUAAAAGACAAGCCGCAGGACUUCCAAAGCGUUCUUUUCGUUUGUCAACUGUGA